UUCAGGAUUGCGCUCUCGGGGGAGGAUCGGAGGAGCGAGGCGCGCCACGCCGAAGAAGCCGGAGAAGGCAGGAGUCGAACCCCCGUCUCCGGCGGCCCUUGAGCGGGACGUUGGGACUUCGGCGGCGUCCUUUCGGGAGGUGUGGCAAGAAUGAAUGAGAUGAAAGUCGCUGUUCUGGGCAGCGAAGGGACGGGCAAAUCCGCCCUUACUGUGCGCUUCCUAACCAGGCGUUUCAUUGGAGAAUACGCCUCCGACUCUGAAUGCAUCUACACAAAGCAUAUGUGUCUGGAUGGAAAGCAAAUUAACCUGGAAAUAUAUGAUCCUUGUUCACAACCUCGACGAGGGAAGCUGUCUCUCACGGACGAGCUCCACUGGGCUGACGGGUUUGUCAUCGUGUAUGACAUCAGUGACAGGACGUCGUUUGCUUUUGCGAAGGCUCUGCUCUACCGGAUACGAGAGUGCAACACGGGAACUUGUAAAAGAGCUUCAGAGUCCGCCGUCGUCUUGGUGGGGAACAAGCAAGAUCUGUGCCACAUGCGAGAAGUUGGCUGGGAGGAAGGGCACAAGUUGGCCCUAGAUUACAAGUGCCAGUUCUGCGAACUCUCGGCCGCAGAACAUUGUCAGGAGGUGGCAGCCAUGUUCACCAAAGUGCUGAAGAACCUCAGCUCUUAUUCCAAAAUAAAAGAAAGGAGACGGCCCAGUGGCUCAAAAUCCAUGGCCAAAUUGAUCAACAACAUGUUUGGGAAGAGGAGGAAGUCUGUGUAAAGGAAGGCCCAUGGACUGUGAUCAGGAGAGAAAGAAAGCCUUCUCAAAAGGAAGCUUAAUCCACACGGUGACCUAACCAGUGUUUGCAGGACUCCAUUUUAUAGAAAGCUAUUGACCAGGACUGAGUGCUUCACAUACGGCGUGCAUGUUCGUUCCUUGCGCUCUGAUUGAUUCAUGACUCGCAUGAGUGAACUCUUGUGUGUUUAACGGUGUUACAUUUGAGUUGACGUCACACAAUGCUGAAGUUUUUUCCUGUGGUUAUUAAGGCUUCAUGGCGGAUAACUGUAUCGUUUUAUGCAAAGAUGCUUUAAUUCAGCUACUCAUGCCUAAAAGCCCAUUGAAAACAAUGAGGCUGCUGAUCAUCACCACUAUUUUUUUGUUGGAUCAGGACCAUGGCUGAAGGGCAUUUUAUGAAGUGGUAAAAUCAUAGCAAUCCACUUGUUAGUCCCAACUAGAAUAGAUAGUUGAAACUGUGACUUUUUGUUGACUUGCCCGUCAGCCGCUGAUUCAAUGGGUCUACUCAAAAGAUGGGUUGGGAUCAGCGAAUGAAUAUUGCUCCAUGAAGCUAUUUCUUCAGGCACUGUGAUUGCUCCCUGAAUUUAAGCAGAAUAUUCUCUCCCCACCCCCUUUCAUUGCACUAUUUACUUUGAAAGUCCCUUUGGGCGGAAAUGGCCAGUCUGUCUAGGGUUACAUUGGACCAGUUCCGUUAAAAUUAAGCUUUUCUUCUGUGUAGAAUGUUAUUUCUUUAUGUAACACAUUUUAGUGCCUUUUCCACAGCAAUGUGACUGCAGAUUCAAGGUGUUAUGAAUAAUCCAGGCCUGGCGUUAAGUAAAGCUAAGAGUUUCAUGGCAUGCUCAUAAGCAAAGGGAAGAAAACAAUCUAACUCACAGAUGGCUUGCCUCGUUGAGAUAGAGGCCAGAAUCCUACUGGUGAUUUACAGUACGCUUGUGUAAGAGAUCAGAAAUGUGUCCAAGAACACAGCCAGCACCUCAUUAAGGAGCAGCAGUUUGCCGCUGUGACUUGGGACAGAGGUCCACCUGAGCCGGACCGGGCCACGGAGACAGGCCUCCCCCCCCACACGCACUUCCCUCCCCGC